AUGAGGUACUUCGAGACUAUCGCGUUGUUGGCGUCGCUCGGUUGCGUCCAAGCUGCAACAGUAGUGCGCGGUCCCAAAGAUCCUUAUUUCCUGCUCGUCGGAGACUCCACGACCGCGCCAAAUGGCGGAUGGGGAGAUGCAUUUUCCGAUCUCGCCGAGAAUGGCGCUGAAGCUGAGAACCGUGGCAAGAGUGGGUCGACCACUAUAUCUUGGAAGACCAAUGGGAGAUGGGAUGACUUGUUAGAGACAGUCGCGAAUGUCAAGGCAGAUUACGAGCCCGUUGUCACCGUUCAAUUCGGCCACAACGAUCAGAAGUCGCUCACCCUCGACGAGUACCGAGCAAAUUUGUUAUCCAUCGCUACCGACCUUAAAGAAGCCGGAGCAACUCCUAUCCUCGUCACACCUCUGACAAGACGUAACUGGGUCGAUAAUGAACUGCAGCAGGAUUUCAAGGAUUGGCGUGGUAAGGUGAUCGCUGUCGCCAAGGAGGUCGGUGUCAAAUACCUCGACUUGACGCUGGCCAGUACCAAAUACGUGAAAGCUAUCGGGGAGGAGGAUUCUCAGUACUACAACUUGUCAGAGGGUGACGGCACUCAUCUCAACGAGGCCGGCGGUAUCAUCUUUUCUCGUAUAGUGGCUGACCUCCUGCUCCAGAAACGCUCUGACUUUGCAGGUUAUCUGAGAGCUAACGAGGCAUUGAGUGACAAGAUUGGGGCAGGCAGAUUCGCAACUGGCGAUGAGUGA